GUAUUUGAUAGAGAAGAUGUCACCGACGCGGUCGCAGCCCUUGAGUGUCUUUUUGUCGGCCAGGCGGUCGCCCAAGGUGCUGCAGGAGCACGACCCGGAUUUGGAAAUCAUCUUAUGACGACAUAGAAGUCAUCUUAUGUUGUGGUGUUGAUCUUGACAGGAGCAAACUAAGACUUGUUCUUUUCUCAUGUAAGACGAAGAACCUAUGCAGUUGGCAGGAAAUUAACACUAUGUGGUUGACAGCAAGUGAAUUAUAGUUGACACCAAACUAGUACGUACCUAUAAACAGCAGACUUAUAACGUCUUUUAAGUUGUCACACACACAAACUCUAAGUUUAGGCACAGGCUCCGACUCGGAGGACGAAGCCUCUGCAGAUUCACGAUCAGGCGGCCAGCAACAAGCUGCGCUAUCUCACAAUUAAGGCUCAACACAAUUUUAAGUAGCUUAUUUCUGCACGUCAAUCAUUUCUCCUUUUUGUUGCUCUCUUGGGAUCCAUUCUCGGGAGAAGUCGCGGUUGCAGAAGUAAAAAAUUCAUUGUCAUCUGUUGUCUUACAGAGAAGUCAAGUUGUAGUGUAGACGUCUUUUCAACCUGGAUUUUUUUUUGAGUGAUGGUGUGGCUGGUUUAUCGAAUUGUUUUGAGCUCUAACACAACUCAUCCCGGGUACGAAAUAUCAUCAGACACUAUAAGAAGCUAAAAAAUCGAGUCGAACUCGCUAGCAACGAGGUGGAUCGAUCCCUCAUAAACAAUGGGAGAAAGUACUGCUACAACUACUGAUAAACAAUGCAAUUCAAAGUACUACUGAUGUAAACUGUUCUUGUAUGUUGCUACUAACAGGAGUUGGAAUGAAAUUCCUAUACCUCUAAAACCAUGUAUGCUUUCUCCGCUCAAAUACUAACCUGUUGUAGCAGUUGUAGGCAUUAUUCUACAUCCUUUCGGAAACAGGCUGGUCCAUACUAGAUCCAAGCUGUAGCUCUGAGAUGGCUUACUGCUCUACUUAUUAUUAGUCUGUAAUCAGUUGCGUCUUGUAUUUCGCGCUUCCUUUCUCCUCAUCUUCUCAUCGUUUGUCCUACUAGUAGAUAACAAGUAUUAUGUACGACUAAUCUAUAUCUACAUUCGCGACAUAAAACAGGUUCACCUCGCGCGAGGCACAUUCAUUCGCUCCCCUCUUGAUAGUCGUGAAUGCUCACCUCCUUGAGGCGAGCCAGCUCCUAUCCUAUCCUCUCCUAUCCUCUCCUAUCCUCUCCUAUCCUCUCCUAUCCUCUCCUAUCCUAUCCUCUCCUAUCCUAUCCUAUCCUAUCCUAUCCUAUCCUAUCCUAUCCUAUCCUAUCCUAUCCUAUCCAUUCCUUCACUCUCCGUACGUCUACGCAACCGCCAUGAAAAUUUAUCAGGUGUCUUCUCUCUUCUGUGGUAGAGACGUUUCGGGAUGGGGAUAGGGAGUUUACGAGUCGCGACGUGGAUCUCCUCUACCCUGAAAAAGAAGACGAUGAUGAAUUUGUGCGGGAGUUUCUAUUAAGGCUUCUCCUUACAGAGGGUUGACGCGUGAGGUUUAUACAGGAUGCUCUGUAUCUCAAGAUAGAUGGAUCAGUUGGCAGGGGAGAGCCUGUUCUUCAAGGGGAAAGCAGAGGGGUUUAAACGUGACGCACUGUAUCUCAGGAGGAUGCUGAUUCAUUAGAUGCUUUUGAAAAGACUCAGCGUUGCCCACUUUGUGGAGUCAACUCAGAUAUUUGGGCGAGUACCGAGUGAGUGAAUGAAUGAAAACAAAAGAAGAUUGAGAUGAUGAAAUAAUGACCAAAGACAGGACGAAGAAUAAGCCCUCUCCCCCAUGCACACAGGUAGCCCCUAUACCUCGCGAAUAGGUACAUCGAUCAAUCAAUCAAUCUUCAGAUGACUUCCCUUAGGGUGCUGUGGACUCCUUUUAGGGUGCUGUGUGAUCUCUAAGUUGGGACUUUGCCAACAGCGAAGUCGUACCCAGGGACGACAAAUACCUUCAUCCAGCACAAGCAGCGCAUCUGAAAUUGCGGGAAUUCUGUUACGGAUUUACUUCAUUAAAGUCAUUUAACAUAAGAAGAUGAGUAUCUAAGAUUCUAAGACUCUAAUUAAAGAACUUAUACCCCAUGAGUGGGUACAUCUAUCUGUCUAUCUACAAGAUUAUUAAAAAAGGAGCCAUGUUUCUUCUAAAACGGAUGAUGAACUAAUUAUACAACUAAAUACAAAGUUCUCACUCUCUCAUAUUUGAGCACCCUUUCAUCUUUGACCAGCACUCAUAGUGUCACCUGUCGGGUUGGUUCUGAAUGAAGGAAUGUUUUACUACUCAAGUAGUACCUGAUAGAUAAGUAGUUCCCUGAUAAGUCUAAUAAAGUUCUAGUCUAUCAGGUAGUACCCGAUAAGUUCUAGUCUAACUCUAAUAAAGUUCUUACUCUCGUCUCAUCUUUGACUACCCUCUCACUGUGCGACUCUUCUAACCUUGGCGUCGUUACCUAGCGCAGACAAACCCUGCUGCAGGAGACAGUAUGCCCUCAGAGCCAUUGCUCAAACUCGAAAAAACGAAAAAAGGACCUGGAGGAAAUACUAAAAUCAAAGAAGCGGAGCCAUCGAAAGUUGGAGGGCCAGGUUUGGCGUCACAGACCG